UUUUUUCCCCUGAUGAUUGCUUACAUAGAGAUACAUGGUGCAGUUCAGGGGUGGACUGACCAUUUGGAAACUUGGGCACUGCCCGAGGGCCCAGGGUCAGUAGGGGGCCCCCAUGAGAUGCCCCUGGUACCUUUGUCAUAGGCUUUUUUGCAUUUGGGCAAGGACACAGGGGCCCCAUGAUCCCCUAUUGCUAGGGGGCCCCAUGAGUUUUCAGUCCGCCCCUGGUGCAGUUAUAAGUUUAAUCCAGCUGAUUCACCUUCACCAGAACAGGAAUGAGCUCUUUCUCUGAUUCAAACCCUUCAUUCUCUCCCCUGAUGCAGAAUGUCUGAGCUCAGCCUUUGAGAGCUCAUUCCUGAAAAGGUAACAGCUAGGCAUCUUUUAGCAACAU